AAAACCAACGUGUGCUGAAGUCACAUGUGCGCUAGUUCAUAGCAGCAUGAGAGACACAUGUAUUCAAGCAACUUGCGUAAAUUAGGGCUAAUAUUUCUCUGAGCGUCAUAGAGAAGAUCGAAUAAGAGCAAGAGAGUGUUUUUGUUGAACAAGUAGUUUUUUUAGGUGUCAAGCAUGGGCAGGAAGUUGGACGCCACUGUCAAGGUGAAGAGAGGACCUGGACGUAAGGCCAGGAAACAGAAGGGAGCAGAAACUGAGCUGGCCAAGUUUGUGGUUGAUGAGGAUGCACCAAAAAAACUUUCAAGCAGAGCGAGAAAACGAGCUGCAAAAAGAGCCCAAGCGACCAAAGAACCCAAACAAGAGGAAAAGCCUAAGAAAGGUUUCUCGGAUGAGAAUAGUAAAUGGUUAAAACCAGCACAGAGGAAGCGAAAGAUUGACCAAUCUGAAGAGGAGGAGGACAGUGACAGCCAAUGGGAAGAAGAUGAGGAUGAGGAUGGUGAAGAGGGCUUUGAUAACAAGGAAGUAAAGGAGGUGGAGGAAGAGGACGAUGACGAUGAAGAUAUGGUUGAUGACUAUGGUGCUGAUGAUGGGGAUGAUCAAGACAGCGAUGGAGAAGAGCUUCUGCCAAUUGAGAAAGCUGCAAGAAAACAGAAAAAACAAACAAGCAUGAAACCAGAGAUUGAUGGCGACGAUGAGGAUGAAGAAGAGGAGGAGGAGGAGGAAGAUGAUGAUGAUGACGACGAUGAGGAGGAGGAGGAAGAUAAGGAAGAUGAAGAUGAAGAGGAUGCUGUACAGGCAAAUAUCGACGAAACUGAAAAAUUCAAACUCCCAGGCGCAGCAGAUAGAGCGAAGGAGGGCCUUUUACCGAUGGACCUGCAGACCAUCCAUCAGAGGAUCAAAGAUAACGUGGAUGUGCUGUCUCACUUCGCUGAGAAGAAAGAAGAGGGCAAGGAGAGAUCGGAGUAUCUCUCUCUGCUGCGCUCUGACCUCUGCACCUACUACAGCUACAACGAGUUCCUCGUCAGCAAACUCAUGGAUCUUUUCCCUCUCUCCGAGCUGAUUGAUUUUCUUGAAGCAAAUGAAAUUCAGAGGCCAGUCACCAUAAGAACCAACACCCUGAAAGCCAGGAGGAGAGACUUGGCUCAGGCUCUGAUUAACAGAGGAGUGAACCUGGAUCCUUUGGGGAAAUGGUCCAAAGUGGGUCUGGUUAUCUAUGACUCUUCAGUUCCCAUAGGAGCAACUCCUGAAUAUCUGGCAGGACAGUACAUGCUGCAAGGGGCAUCGUCGUUUCUGCCUGUAAUGGCGCUUGCGCCCCAGGAGGGGGAGUCAGUACUAGACAUGAGCGCAGCUCCAGGAGGCAAGACCACGUAUAUGGCUCAGCUAAUGAGGAACACGGGCAUGAUUGUGGCUAAUGACGCAAAUGCAGACAGACUGAAGAGCGUGGUGGGAAACAUCCAUCGUCUCGGUGUCACUAACGCUGUCAUCUGCAACUAUGACGGCAGACAGUUCCCCAAGGUAAUGGGAGGUUUCGAUAGAGUGCUUUUAGAUGCUCCUUGCUCGGGUACAGGAGUUAUCUCUAAAGAUCCAGGAGUAAAAACAAGCAAGGAUGAGGCUGAUAUUCUUCGCUCCGCACACCUGCAGAAGGAGCUCAUCGUGUCUGCUAUUGACUCUGUCAAUGCCGAUUCUCCAACUGGCGGAUACGUCGUUUACUGCACAUGCUCUAUUAUGGUAGAGGAGAAUGAGUGGGUGGUGGACUACGCUUUAAAGAAGAGAAAUGUAAAGCUGGUCCCCACUGGACUAGACUUUGGCAAUGAAGGCUUCACCAGAUUCAAAGAAAGACGUUUUCAUCCCUCCCUCAAACUCUCUCGCCGAUUCUACCCUCACUCCCACAAUAUGGAUGGAUUUUUUGUGGCCAAGCUAAAGAAGCUUUCCAACACCAUCCCCACCACCCCAAAAGAAACCGAAGAUGAAGUAGAAUCUACAAAAGCAGAGACCGCAGCCUCGUCGGGGCAGAUCCAGAAAGCAGAAUCUAAGCAACAGAAGCCCUCUUCAACUCCAGAGAAAAGCAUCAUGGGCAAAAAGCAGAAAUUAAAACAGAAGAAGCCUGAGCCGCCCAUCAGUACAAAGAAAGCUGUACUGAAAUCUGAGAAAAAAAGAGCUGAUGGUCCCAAAAAUGCCAAAAUUGCCAAGUUGGAUGGUGAAGCAUCCAAAAAGAGUCAGAAGCCUGACAAAAAGCAGAACGCAAGGGAACUGAAUGGAAAUUCAACAAAAGGGAAGGAGAAGAAAGAGAAAAGCCAGUUGGAGAAGAAAAAUAAAAUGAAAAAGAAGAAAUUGUUAAAGAAUAAUAAAAAUAGAAUGGGGAAAAACAAGUUUAGGAAGUUAAAAAAAGUGCUUGGAUGAAAAGAAAGUGGACAGUGAAAUUCAGUCACUUGACGCAAUGAAUUGACAUGGACCUGUACGCUCAGGACUGGAAUCUGAUGUUGGUUUGACACGAAAGGAAGCUGCUCUCAACAGGCUGUUAGGGCCAUAAAAAUGAUCUUUUAGAAAUGUACACAAUGAUUUUGUGUAUUCAUCUGGCUUCCCAAUAGUUUUUUCUACCUUGUUAUCGCUUCACUGAGGAUUACUUCAACCUUGUGGUAUAAUCUUAUAUAUGUAAAUAUCACUGUCCAUUUUUAUGGAUUUUGUUUUGAAAAAGAAACAUUUAACUGAAUUACUGCAAAGGAGUAUGUGGUCUGUUUUUCUGUCACCUAUUAAAGAAAGUUUGGAAAAAAGUG